GAGAAGGUCAAGAAAAUUAGCAGUCAUCGUCUUCGUCAUCAUCGAUCGAUCUAUUCUAGAAGAAAUGGUGGCGAACAGUGACCCGAACCAAGAUGGAUCAGACGAGCAACAGAGGCGAUCGGAGAUAUACACAUACGAAGCUCCAUGGCAUAUAUACGCUAUGAAUUGGAGCGUCCGUCGAGACAAGAAGUAUCGUUUAGCCAUCGCUAGUUUACUUGAGCAGUAUUCAAAUAGGGUUGAGAUUGUACAGCUAGACGAUUCCAACGGAGAGAUACGUUCCGAUCCAACACUCUCCUUCGAGCAUCCUUAUCCUCCUACUAAGGCUAUCUUCAUUCCAGAUAAAGAAUGCCAGAAGCCUGACCUUCUCGCUACAUCCAGCGAUUUCCUCCGCAUUUGGAAAAUCAACGAAGAUCGAGUCGAACUCAAAAGCCUACUCAAUACUAACCGUAACAGUGAGUUUUGCGGUCCUAUUACUUCCUUCGAUUGGAAUGAAGCAGAACCUAGACGCGUCGGUACUUCCAGCAUCGAUACUACCUGCACGAUUUGGGAUAUUGAACGCGAGACUGUGGAUACUCAAUUAAUCGCUCAUGAUAAGGAGGUUUAUGACAUUGCCUGGGGCGGGGUCGGCGUUUUUGCAUCCGUCUCUGCCGAUGGAUCCGUCAGGGUUUUCGAUCUUAGAGAUAAGGAGCAUUCUACCAUCAUCUAUGAGAGUUCAGAGCCGGAAACCCCCUUGGUCCGCCUCGGCUGGAACAAGCAGGAUCCUAGGUAUAUGGCUACCAUUAUUAUGGAUAGUGCUAAGGUAGUUGUGCUUGAUAUCCGCUUUCCAACUCUCCCUGUCGUGGAACUACAGAGGCAUCAGGCUAGUGUGAACGCCAUUGCAUGGGCUCCUCAUAGCUCCUGCCACAUAUGUACUGCCGGAGACGAUUCUCAGGCGCUAAUUUGGGAUUUGUCUUCCAUGGGUCAACCUAUUGAGGGCGGUUUGGAUCCAAUUCUUGCUUAUACUGCAGGUGCAGAAGUCGAGCAACUUCAGUGGUCAUCUUCGCAACCUGAUUGGGUUGCUAUAGCAUUCUCUAGUAAGCUUCAAAUCCUGAGGGUAUGACUUUCAAUCAUCUUAUUAAUCUAAUUCCUGUAUUUUGGGGAUAUGAGACCUUUCAAUCUGUUGCCUUAGAGAACUUGUAGCUUUUUCUGAAACCUUUUUUAUGUUGAUUUCAACUGAGUUCUUUUUGUCAAUGAACAUCUAUC